AUGGAUUUAAUGUUGAUGGUCGUGCUAACUGUGGAUCAUUUCUAUAGUAUCCGUCAUGUUUUAGAUGGUCGUCGAAACGGUAACACUUUCAAAUGGAGCCAACAUGCCCUCUGCUGGGACUUCGGAACUUGGCAGGCAAAAGACGAGCACGACUUGAUGAUUUCUCUACGGACAGCGCUUGACAACGGAUACCGUCUAAUUGGUGAGACACUGCAUUCCUCUAUCAAAAUGAAGCAAUAA